AUGUCAGGCCCAAACCUGCACAACGCUCUCCUCCGCCCUCCAAUCAUUCAAAUCCUCCGCGCUCAAGGCUUUCAUUCAACACGCCCUUCAGUCUUGGAGUCGAUUCAGGACCUAACUGGGCGAUAUCUGAUUAUUCUCGCCUCGGCUGCAGCUGACCACGCCGCAAAUGCGCACCCUUACGACCCGGUUCCCGACCUCGAAGACAUCUACCAAGCUCUCCAGGACGCAGGAGCCAUACGACCACAAUUACGCGAAUGGGAAGAGGAAUGGCAGGGAGAAGAAGAUAUGCGUGGUCUAGAUGCCUUCCUCGGUUGGAUUACUGGCCCUGUCCACCGUGAAAUUCGACGUGUUGCCGGCUUUGUGCCCAGCGAGGGUGAUAUGGUUGAUCCCGACGCUGUUGAAAAGGAGGAUUAUCUCACUGCAUUGAAGAAGAAACACAGUAAGACUGGUGAGGAGUCUCGAUACGCGGGAACUGUCCUAGGAAAGAGUGCCGAGGAACACCCUAUCAUCAUUGAGGGUGGUGCCCCCAGCAUUCAAGACUGGACUGCGCAGGUUCGCGCCCGGGCUUCAGAGGCGGCAGCGGCAGACAGUGACAGUUCGGGCGUGAGCAGUGCACCAAGCCAUCUCUCAGAUGACGAAACGAUGGGUGUGUGA